GACGUCGUUGCCAUGGAGACGGGACUCAAACAGCGUUUAGUGCGGGCUCGGAGCAGACAGUUUGUGUCCGGUUGGUUGAGUGACUGAAUGAGAAUAAAACGAGCUGGUCGCUAACUGCCAACUAGACGAAGCUACGUUUAACGGCUGAGCGUGGAUAAAAAUGCCCAAGAAACAGAAGAAAGCUGCAGGAGGCGGAGGGAGGACGGAGGAGGAGAAGCUCGUGUACCUGCAGCAGAGAGCUCAGGCCGAGGAGGAGCUGGCCAGGAAGAAGGAGGAGAUCCUGGCGCUGUUCCUGAAGGACAAGCUGCAGAAGGAGCAGAGGAACAGCGCGCUCAACGCACUGAAGCUCAGCGACAGCUGGAGGACGAUCCUCCGCCAGAGCCGAGCUGCCGAGCUGCGCGGAAACGUGUCCGUCCUCAGCCGAAGGUUCGAGAGGGAGCUGGACGGGCUGGACGGCACCGUCAAGAGUCUCGAGCGCGAGCUGCACGAGGCGGAGCGUCAGGCCGCUCAGGUGAACCGUCUGCACCUGCGCAGUCUGGAGCGUCUGUGCGCGCAGCAGGACAAGUGGCUGCGGUUCGUGCAGCUGCAGUGGGACAAGAGCCUGCAGCAGCUGAGCGCCGGGGUCCGGUCCGAGAGAAAGCAGAUGCUGGCGAACUCUGAGCAGCUGCGAGCCGAUCUGGACGACGCGGCGUUUAUGCUGGAGCGGCGGUACGAAGAAACCAUGAGAGAGAUCCACAGAGUGUACCGAGACAGCGUCACAGCGUUCGAGAAGUCUCCUGAAACCACGAGGGUCGAUCUGCUCCGGGAGGACAAGGAGACGCUGCAGGAGAAAUCUGGACGGAACCAGCAGGACCGGCAGGUGAUGGAGCACAGAACCACACAACUGAACGACAAGCUCGCCAAGAACCAGGUGUCCAGUCAAAAGGCAGAGUCGCUGGAGAAGAAGCUUCAGAACCAAAAGGACGACAUCGUUCAGACCAAGAAGCUAAUAAAGUCCAGCCAGACGGAUCAGGAAGCGCUGGAGCGAGAUCUAAGCGGCGCCAGGAAGGAGGUGACCAGAAAGACUCGGGGGCUCCGGGACCAGCUGACCCGGGCUCAGGCGGCGGCGAGGAGGCGGCUCACAGACAUCACCAUCCACAGCAGCAACGCCAUCAAGAGGCUGCAGGAAGUGAUCAACAAGGGCGAAAAGGUUUUACGCAUCGCUGACAUGUGCAGGAAGCUGGCGCUGGAGCAGGAAAACGCCUUCACGGCAUCAUCAGCUCCAACUGUGCUUGAGGAGGAACCAGAGAAGGAGCCAGCCCAGUUCCCGGAGCUGCAGCAGGUGAUGCGCAGCGUCAACGCCGCUCGGCUGCGUCACGAAGCGCUGAAGAAACAGAAAUCGGACCUGAGCCGAGAGAACCAGCAGCUGAGGCUUCUGUUGCGCCGGCACCUGGACGCCAUGACGGUGAGCGACGGCGGCCUGGACGGAGCCCAACCUCUGCUCACCGUGUACCAGGUCCCAGCAGAACCCGGCCGACGCCACGCGGUCACGGAGGCCGCUCACGCCGCCAGGCGCUCCCUGACGGACUGAGACGAACACUAAUGAGUUGGACGUCACAACACAAUAAAAGAUUAGCACACAGA